UUAAUUAUCUAGAUUCUUCCAUGUCACGAGCCGUCGUGCAUAAUAUUACAUAAAGAAAGGCAAGGUUCUGUUAUUCAGUUUUAUUGCUUUAUUUUUCACUUCACUGUCUGCCUCUGUCUCUUUUUUGGACUCGUAAAGAUGGUCGGACGAGGUCCAGUUCAGCUCGUGUAUCCAAAUAACGCUCCUGACUAUUCUAAUCAGCACCCGCCUACCAAGAUGGAAUCAUUUGAGAUACCAUCCACUAUCAAACAGGAGCAGAAUGUCCUGCCUCCUAGUAAAUUCAAUACUGGGUUUGGUCUGCCCGUUGGCAGUAAUGGAGGGGUUCCUUCUUACAGUAGCCCCUCUCCUCCUUUCAUGCAGUAUGAAACUGGCAUAUAUGUACUACCCAUUGAUCAACUCUCUAACAAUCCUUACAAGCAAGAUGGAGGGGAAGACGACAGCCAGUCCUGGCUAUUUCGAAAGUAUCCAACAAGCAGCUCUGGUGAUGCGAGCUGGCUGCCUCCAGUCACUUCUGGAGACGAUUUUAAUAAUGUCCUUUCUCAAGUUCCUUCGACUUCCUCCUCCUCCUCUUUCCCUUUUGCUAAAGAAAAGACUGUCGAGAAAGACGAAGACUUUCUCGCUCAGUUGCUAGACGUCGGUGGGUUUCUUGAUGGAUUUGACAAUGACUCUUUUUACAGCGCGUUCAACCAGUCAAACGAGUUAUCAAUACCGGUUCAGCCGGUUGCCGGUGCGAUCCCACCGCUGCCUAAUCACCCGUCGCCUCCUCAGUUGUCCCCAAUGCAACUGAUUCCCUCAUAUCAGCAGUAUGACAUACCCCAGCCACUGGAGGCCAAUACAGAGUAUAACGGGCUAGAAGACCCCGGACUAACUGUUCCAAUAAUGGCAGAGGAGCAUGAUCCUCUUGUUUCUGGUGUGAAUGAGGUCAUGCCUUCUCCUAGUAAUGAGGUUGUUCCCAUUUCAAAUGAGCACGUAAUUGCUCCUCCAGCCGAUGAUCUCCAGGAUCUUCUCGGAGAGCUUUUCGGGAAAGACGAUUUCUCUUUAUCAAACUCUUUAGUAGCGCCUCAAACUGAGCGUAAUGUCAUCCCAGUCGGAGGGAAUGGAGAGGCUUUUAAUAAUUUCGUGAGUCCUUCCUUUAUUCCUCUCUCCUUUUCCCCCACGUCUGACAACGAGACCAACCAGACACGAAAAACCGAGGACAAUAUGAUACCGUCUGGUGACCUCUUGCCAGUGUCUAAGAAGCACCGUGGUACAUCGGAGAGCAGCUGCAGCACACUGGCCUCUUUACUUCUAGAGGAGCGACCGAUGGACAUUCAACUGGACGAUGAGCCGAAAAAGAAGCCGUCACUUUCGUCACCUGUUAGCUCUCCUUCUCAAUCCUCUCCUAAAGACGGUCCGGCUCCCUCAUCGAGUCGUAAGUCACACAGUGGAGGAAAUGGAAUAGGAACAGUCGCCAUGUUUGGACAGAACGAAGACGAGAUUAUACAUAAGCUCAUGUCUUCGCAUAAUCGAAGAGGAGGAGCGUCGAAACCAAUCACUCGGGACAAGCUUGUCAUAAUGCCCGUUGAAGACUUUAACAGUUUGCUGGACGAAGCACUCCUGAGUGAAAUUGAAGUGGCCUUCAUGAAGGAAUGGAGAAGAAGGGGAAAGAACAAGAUGGCUGCUCAGAUAGCGAGAAAGAGAAAGCGAGAAGAGCUAUUUGAGCUAGAAGACGACAUGGACUCCUUGAGACAGAAGAAGUCAAAACUCCAGCAGAGCGUGGCAAAACUAAAUGCCCUCAUUGCCUCGUAUAAGAGGCGGGUCGAAGUCGGCGAGAAAAAAAUUUACGAACGAUAUUCUCACGCCCACGGCUCGUUAGUCUCUCGUGAGACUCACACCAUCCACAUGACAGAUGAUGGCAAAACUAUGCUCAUUCCGAGAACUUCAGAUCAAGUACUUCUAGUUUAAGAGUAUUUGAGACUGUACUAGUGUUGUACUGAAUCAGUGGCAUAUUACUACUAAUAUACGGUUCCUUUUCAUUUAUGUACAUUUUAUAUGUUCACACACCCCACCAAUGAAUGGUGAAUGUAUUUUAGAGUAGCAGAGGUUUGUAUCUGUGUAUUGCUAUUUACCCUGUGUUACCUCAUUUAUCACAAUAUGAUCCUUUGUCUCUCCUAAUUUUGAAUGAAAAAUGAUUAUUAUCAAAAUGAAA